CAGAAGCCACCGGCUCCGAACCGCCAGCUCCGAAGUCGACCUCGCGUCGCGUCGCAGAUCCGACACGAGUCUCCCUGACAGCAGUCGGGCUUGAGGUCGAAGGUCGAUGGAUCCCUUUCUCGAGUUCUCCGAAGGCAGCGGUGGCACGGCAGCGGCGACCUCAGCCUCGCCAACCGAGAGCGCGUGUGCCACCAUCCGGGCGCUCGAGGAGCUUCAGCCCUUUGAGCCGCUGGCCAAGAAGGGACAGCCGCAGCCCCGCCUGAUUCGGCAGGUCGACACGCUCAUGGCGCGGCACGCUCUGCACCAGCAGUGCAUCGGCGAGCUCUCCGCGGUGGCGGGUGCGGCCGGCGAGGAGGCGAAGGGCCUGCCGUCGCUGCUGCAGGAGCUGGGAGGGUGGCACGACCGGCUCGUGCAGGAGAUGGCGGCGCUGGUCGGAGAGGCGGUGCGGGAGGGCGAGCAGUCGAUCGACGAGGCGCGCGCGCGCGCACGCCGCGCCGAGGCAGAGGCGGCGGCGCUGUCCGACGCCUCCGGUGAGCUCGGGCGGAGAGUGCAAGCUGCAGAGGAGGAGCGGACCAAGGCGGUGCGCGCCUCCCAGCUGGCGGCGGACGCGCUCGCGGCGCGUGAGUUCAUCGACGAGCUCUACGCCUCCAAGGCGCGGCACGACGAGCGGUGUGCGCAGGACGCCAAGCUGCUGCGCGAGACGGUGGAGCAGCACCUGUACUCGUACCUCAACACGAAGUACGGCCUCAAGCAGCUCAUCACGCGCGACGUGGACGCCUGUCUGGACGCGGUAGACGAGCCCUUCCGCCUCGUGCAGCGGCAGCUCAAAGAGACGGUGCGCGCGCUGCUGACGGCGCACCUCAAGGGGAGGCACCCGCACAAGUCGGACGCACAGGUUGCGAGCUCAGUCCUCGCAAAGACGCGCGGCGUGGUGCAGGAGGAGGAGUGGAGGGACGUUGUGCUGUACAUGUACGCGCCCGAGGACGCGGCCCUCCUCCUCUCGAGGCUAGCGCAGAAGGAGCGGGCCGGCAGGCCCCUGCCGUACAAGGCGCUGCUGCAGGUGCUGCUCGGCUUUCAGCUCGACGGCCACCGCCAGUUCCUGGAGCACUUUGUCGUCCUCUUCCGCUCCCUCGACACCGCCGGCAGAAGAGAGUUCCGCAUGCUGGUCCGCGCGAUCGCGCCGGCCAAGAGCGAGGGCGCGGUGGAGGAGCUUCUGCUCGCGACCGAUCCGCACGACCACAAGCGGUUCACCUUCUCGGAUUGCGUCGUGGCGCUCAGCCAGGACCUCGUCGCCCUGCUCGCAGCGCCCUCAUUGUAG